GUUCAAAUGACCGCGUGAAAGUGAAAUACAGCUAUCAUUUGCAAAGAGUUUAGGAAGUAUUUGUUAUGUUUGUGGUGAAGUAUCCGUUCGUGUAGGGCAGGGCGAUGAUUAUUAGAAUAGUUUUUGAUUAUUCUGUUUACGCUGUUUGUGUGGUUUCGGUGCAGUAGGUGACAGUAUGUUUGUAGUGAAAGGGCUGCAGGGCAGAUCAGUGCCGUGUGUGUUUAUGGGAUAUAAAAUCUACAGGAACCGUGCUGAGAUCAGACCCAGAAUGGUUCUGGGCAUCGAGACGAGCUGUGAUGAGACAGGAGCUGCGGUUCUGGACGAGACUGGGACAAUCCUUGGGGAAUCGUUACACUCACAGAAAGAAGUGCACUUAAAAGCAGGAGGGAUCAUCCCGCCCAUUGCCCAGUCCCUCCAUAAGGAGAACAUUAGCAGAGUGGUGCAGGAGGCUUUGGAAAGGAGCAGCGUCACACCGCGUGAACUUGCCGCUGUGGCCACGACAGUCAAACCGGGUCUGGCGUUGAGCCUGAGUGUCGGCUUACACUUCAGUCUGAGCUUUGUAAAACAACACGAAAAGCCUUUCAUCCCUAUCCAUCACAUGGAGGCCCAUGCUCUGACUGUCAGGAUGCUCCAGCAUGUGGAGUUCCCCUUUCUGGUGCUGCUUGUGUCAGGAGGUCAUUCUCUCCUAGCGUUGGCGAGAGGCAUCGAUGAUUUCUUACUGUUAGGGCAAACGCUAGACGAGGCUCCAGGAGACACUCUGGAUAAGGUAGCGAGACGUCUGUCUCUUAUUAAGCACCCAAAGUGUCGUGGGCUGAGUGGUGGACAAGCAGUCGAGCUUUUAGCGAAAGACGGAGAUCGACUGCAGUUCCGGUUUAAAUCACCGAUGGGGCAGCGCUACGACUGUGACUUCUCCUUUGCUGGCAUUCACAACCAAGUGAUGUUGGCGAUAAAGAAAAAAGAAAAGCAGGAGGGUGUUGAGCCAGGGCAGUUAUUAUCCUGUGUGCAGGACAUCGCUGCAGCAGCGCAGCACACCGUAGCCUCACACAUCGCCAAACGCACACACAGGGCCAUUUUAUUCUGCAAAACCCAUGGACUUUUACCACAAAACAACCCCACUCUGGUCGUAUCAGGAGGUGUAGCAAGCAACGAAUACAUAAGAGAGACACUGAGGAUCAUCACCAAUGCCACGGGAUUGCAGUUACUCUGUCCUCCUGCUAAAUUCUGCACAGAUAACGGAGUGAUGAUUGCAUGGAAUGGUGUGGAGAGACUAAAGCAGGGAAAAGGUGUCGUGUCUCACACUCAGGACGUCACCUAUGAGCCAAAAGCGCCACUGGGCAGAGAUAUACGUGCAGAGGUGAGAGACGCGACCAUCAAGCUUCCCGUGUUAAAACUAAAGACAAAAAGCUAGAAUUUCAUUUGAGUGUAACUGUCAUUUAGAAAAUAAAAUGAACACAUGCAAAAAAAAAAAGUGUUUUUAUUUUUAAAUGUGUGGUAAUGAGAGAGAGUGUGAUGAAUUGAUCUUUAAGAAUGAACCCAGACACCAGUCCAGCCUGGAAUCACUGAUCUGAGAGCAGUCAUGGGUCAUUAUUAAGGCUCUGUUUCCACACAUGGAAUCGAAUCGCAGGAGGACUCGUCAGCACGUCGCGUUCCAGGAUCAGCCGUCCAACCCCUGCGAGGAUGCAGCUCCGGGGCUACGUGGAUUCUGUUACAGGUGUAUGAUGUGUUCCUUCUUUUAGGUGUACCUGGAAUGAGUUAUGAAAGGACAGGAGUUAAAUAGAUUUUGCAGUGUGUGUAUGAACAGAAGCUGCUUCAUUACUGGGAUGAUGCAGUAUGUGCUGACAGUUAAAGUUAAUAACAAAUCGGCUUUUUCUUAAUCUUAUAUUUGUACUCCCUCCAUUUGCUUCUCUUUUCUUUAUAUUUCAGCAGUCUGUAAAAACUGAGCUCUGACUUCCUGUUAAAUCUGUUUGUAGAGUCAGUCACACAACAGCUCUCUCACAUUUUUAGAUCUGUUUUUGCAGCAUUAGAGCUGUUACUUCCGCCUACAGUGAAGUCAUGUGCAUUCUCACUAUUAUAUAUUAUUAAACUAGUGGUAAUUACAUGUCCUCUGCUGUCUAAACAACACAAUUACAGUGAGGAAAUUUGAAGCGAUUACGCUUCUGAUCACGAUUUGUUCCUCAUUUCAUCAAUUUGAAUUGUCAAAUUUGUAUUGCAAUUUAUUGUCACACGAUAUAUCAUUACGGGACAAGUGGAGAAAAAAAGAGAGCCAAGAACCAGCAAAGAAGAGUAAUAAAACAAAGUAUUACAGUAUAUGUCUGUAUUUUCCUCUGCUGACAAGAUUCUUUGUCAAAUAAAUGUUACAGUAAUGA